GAAAGCUAAGGGCGUAGAUAGCCCACCCAGACAUUCUUCUCUUCAUUUAAGAAGCCGCUUCCAAUGUGGUGCUAACUUUGAGCUAUUUCUCAUCCACUUUCCGCCUCCUCCAUAUUUGGCACACAUUUCACCAAAAUAACUCCAUUCAGCUCCCCUUUUUCCUCUAGAUUUGGCAGAAAUUUCACCAUUAUAAUCAUCCAUUUCAUAGUUUACAGCAGGAGAACCAGAGGUCUUCUUCAACCCUGCCACUUCUACAUUUGGCAGAGGUCUUGCCUUGGAAUAUGGAAGAAAUUUCACCACUGUAAUCAUCCAUUUCAUAUUAUACAGCAGGAUAACCAGAGGUCAUCUUCAACCUUGCAACUUCUACAUUUGGCAGAUCAGAUGGCUUCCCUUAAAGUACUCUACAAACCCCCAUUUCAUCAUUUCACAGAGGAAGAGCUAGAGAUCUCUAUUACUUACCUCCAGAUUUAGCUGACAUUGUACCAACACCUGCUCCAAAUCUUAUUUUGGGUAAGUUAUUUUCUUUUACAAAUCCCCAUUACUUGUAUUAUCUCAGGGCUUCGAAACUUGUUCAUCCAUUGGCGGAUAAUGGUUUAGCAGAAAAUACUUAGAUUAGCAGGAAUUUUACUGGUAUAGACCCCAAGCCUCAUCACUUAUGUGUUACAGUAGAGGAAUAACCUCCAGAUUUAACAGAAACUUUUAUACAAUAUAGCCCCAAAUCCCCACCAUUUACGUUACAAUAGGAGAAACCAGAGAAAUUAGGGCUCCUAAUCUUUUCAUCUAUGGGUUGUUGCUUUAGCAAAAAGAAAACUUCGAACAACCCAAAUCCAGAUUCAGAAUCUGUUGUGGAAGAAAAAGUAAAAGAAGUAUUAUCAGAGACCCCACAUCCAUCUUUUCUCAACCAAAUCAAUGGCAUUACCCAACUGCAAAACAAUGGCAGUAUCCAUCUCCAAAAGCAAAGCCCGAAAGCUCCGAUUCAUGGGGAUGAAAGCUUAAAAGCUCCAGUCUUCGAAGAUCCCACCCACCAAGGCGAAUGCCUGAAAGUUUCAACCCAUGGAGACGAAAUCCUGAAACCUUCUAUCCAUGGCCACCAAAGCUUUAAAGACUCAACUCACAGAGACGAGAACUUGACAACUUCGACCCAUGGAGGCGAAACCCUGAAAGCUUCUAUCCAUGCAGACUCUGAAAGCUUGGAAAUAUCAGAGAGCCUGAACAGCUUGAGUGAGAGUGUUUCAGCUACAUUUGGGGAAGAGAGGGAGGUGGUUUCUCCAGCAAAACUCCAGAGAGAGAAAAUGCAGUAUGUUUCCCCAACAAAGAGAAGAGCAAGAUAUAUGGAUCAAAGAAAUAGGGCAUUCUCAAACAAUGAGGAAAUGAGAGGAAGGGGAAGCCCUUCUCCAUUGAGUCAAACAGAGCAAUCGCCAGUGAGAAGGCUUGGGAAAUCAGUUUCAGAAAGAGAUAUGGGUCGCUUUCAGAGGCAUGAAAUGAAGAGAGGUGGAAAUUCCAGCGAGAAUUCAGGCCGGCGAUCAAGAUCUCCAGCAGCUAGGGCAUCUCCAAUGAGAGAGAAAUCAAAAAUCACAAACCCCACUAGCCGGAUUCAUACUAAAGAGAGAAAGGAAGCUUUGGAAGCAACAAACGAAGAGGAGUUAAAUAAGGUUUCUUCUCCCACUGCUAAUGAGUCACUGGACAACCCUCAUGUUUCUUUAGAAUGUUUCAUCUUCCUGUAAUUCUCUGUGUAAUAUUGUUUUCUUAUGCUUUCAUGAGCCAAAGUCCAAUUUUUACUGUAACUUUUGAAGCUGGAGAAUCUGGGCAUGGCCUGAAAAGAUUGUAAAUUCUGUGAGAGGAGAAAGAGGGUGAACUGCUCAGCAAAAGGGCAGACCGAAGUGAAAAGAUCGAGCCAGAUAGAAUAAACACAAAGAAGUAAUCUUUUCGUACUUCAUGAAUGAAAAAUGGCAUAUCAUUGUUUUUAGGAUGAAAUGUGAAAUUUGGUUGUGG